AUGGCUCUGCAAAUGUGUAAAUUGGCAGCAGCUCAGGACAAGCACUUCCUGAUGUUCACAAAGAAGAAGCCAGGGCAAAAGCCCUUGGCUGUUAAAGAAGAGUCCACUAUAAUGGGUGAUACACUCUGUGGCUGCUGUUUGACAUUUGUGUAUACAGUACAUAUCAAAAAGCCUUGUUUCCACAAGCAAGGAACCACAAAGGCCUGCACCAAUUAUGCAGGAGAUAAAAAAGCCUGUGCUCCUGUCCCUUCAGAGCUGCAGAAGGAAGUGGCAGCAUUGCUGUCUGAUCAUGAUGAUUUCCUCAGGCUUAAGAAUGCUGCUGGUCUCAGUGAAUUGCUUGCCAAAAUGGCACCUUCAUCAGUCCAAACUGACAAAUCCUCUUCUCCUUUCCCCUUCAAUACUGAAGUUGGUGCUGCCACUUUGGCAGUGUUAGAAAAGCUUGUGUCCAUUCAAGCCAAACAAAAAGAGCUUGUGGAGCAUACAUUCCACUCUGUCAAGACAGAAGAAAUCAUCUAUAAAUCAGCAGCCAAGAUAGGCCAAUUUGCUGCUGUCCUGCCCUCUGCUGUGUCUGCUCCUCCCCCUCCCUCCCCCACUCUGAUCACACCUUCUCCCUUUGUUCAGUUGCAGCUGAAUAUCUCUGUGUUGGGCCUGUCUCCAACUGGAGACAGUGGAGCUGAUUUGCUUGAAAGUAUGAUCAAGCAGCCUGAAUGGGCUUGUCCUGACAAUUCUUCUGUGCUGGUUUUAUGCCCUGUCCCUGAACCAGAGACUCCAACUGGGGAGGCUCAAAUUUAA